CUUAUUUAUCAUCGUCUUGCUAUCAUCAGCAUAUUCAAUUAUUGUUUAUUUAUCUUUUCUUCCUCUUCUGCCUUCUUCCCACUAUGCAUAUGUCUAUAAAUAUGUUGUAAUAUCCCCAUAUCUUCCUUACCUUAACCAAGUUUUUCAGAUUGACUUUCAAGUCUUUGAAAAUGGAUGUUGUAGUUGGAACUUGUCUAGUUUUCUUCCUAGCCUUGUUGAGGAACAUUCAUGGCUAUGGAGCUGGAUGGUCUAGUGCUCAUGCUACUUUCUAUGGAGGUGGUGAUGCUUCUGGUACAAUGGGAGGAGCUUGUGGGUAUGGGAAUCUGUAUAGCCAAGGUUAUGGAACAAACACAGCUGCACUAAGCACUGCUCUAUUCAAGAAUGGACUUGCUUGUGGAGCUUGUUUUGAGAUUAAAUGUGUGAAUGAUGGUAGAUGGUGUCUGCCCGGGUCGAUCACUGUUACAGCAACAAAUUUCUGUCCUCCGAACAAUGCUCUUCCAGGCAAUGCAGGAGGCUGGUGUAAUCCUCCUCUGCGACAUUUCGAUCUCUCUCAGCCUGUUUUCCAGCACAUAGCUCACUAUAAAGCAGGAAUCGUACCGGUCCAGUACAGGAGAGUUAGUUGCAGGAAGAGUGGUGGGAUUAGGUUCACCAUAAAUGGACACUCAUACUUCAAUCUUGUGUUAAUAAGCAAUGUUGGAGGAGCUGGUGAUGUUGUGUCUGUAUCCAUCAAAGGCUCUAGGACUGGUUGGCGAGCCAUGUCUCACAACUGGGGCCAAAAUUGGCAGAGCAAUGCUUACCUUAAUGGCCAAGCCUUGUCUUUCAAGGUCACCACCAGCGACCGCCGCUCUGUUAUCUCCAACAAUGUGGCUCCUUCCACCUGGAAAUUUGGCCAGACUUUCACUGGCAGACAGUUCUAGUUCUCUUCAUAAUUUGAAUUUCAUCCCAAAACUAACCAAAAUCUUACUAAAUACUCAAGCUGAUUAGUACUAUAUGUUAUUAUUGUGUUGGCACUUUGCUAAAAAAGCAAUGAUGCCACUAGAGGGUCCUUUUUAGAAAUGAUCCCCAAAGUAAUUUUUCUGGGUUUACUUAGUUGUUUGUAUUGUUAUGUUUCAGGAUCUUGGAUUAAGUUCAAUCAAUGAAUCCUGUAGUAUAAAGGGGGUAUUGAGUCUCUGGUAGUGCAAGAUGCAUACAAGAGACUGUAAUUUCAUAGCAUGAAGGAAGAAGAAGAAGAAAGCUUCUGAUUUUUCCAACGAGUUUAGCUUCGAUGUGUGCUUCGAAGAUCAUUGCCUUUACUAUUUGUAUCAUAUAAUUAUUAUGAUUUAAAAAAGAAAGAUGUUACCCAUGUUUCUAUUGCCAA